AUGGUUUCAUAUGGAAAACUGCUUCUUUUUAAUUUUUGUACUACUGCUCCUAGAAGUGGAACUUAUAGAUAUCACGUAAUCGGGCGAUUGUCAGAACAAAGCUUCGUUCCAGGAUGGGCCGUUGGAUCACGGGUUGGAUCAAGAGCAGAUGCUGGGCUCUUUCCUGUCAUUGCUGUUAUGUUCGUGAAUAGACAUUCACAAACUGAUCCUACCGCCGAAGGAGCUAAUAUCGUGGAGGAGAUUAGUCAAGAAAUCUACAUGAAACAUUCCGAAAUGCAUUAUUUCCACGAAGUCCUUGAUUUUAUUGACUAUAUGCUCUCGGUGAGGCAAAAAAUUCUGUCAGGUGGCGUUCCUUCGGAAGAGCUCAACGCUUUGCGGAUUCAGCUCGCCAAGAAAAUUGAUCGUGGCAAUAUGUUACUUAGCUUAAAUGUCACGAUUCGGGAUGAGCACGGUCUAGCGUUUGAUCCUGACUCCAUCUCUUUCCUACAGACGUAUGCGGAACAUCAAAAUGCGCAGAAACGUGUUGCCCUGGAUUCUUCCAAGGCCGAUGGAAACGAAAAAGCUAUGAAGGCAUUCUGUGUCUUGCUACGGGUUCAAAGCAUAGAACUACAAAUGAAACAUAAUUGCGAAAUUAGUAUGGUACUAUACGAUUUCGAGAACAAACGACAUGUCAGCGAUACCUUCUCUUUUAUUUGGAAAAGCAACGAAACGAAUUCACGAAAUCUCAGUAUCAGUGGGUUGUUUGCGAACUUCAACCAAAGUGAUAUUGGCAGACGUCUGGUUUUGAUUACCCGUGUAGCCCAUAUAGCUCCUGUCGAACAUACGUCAUCCACGUUGAAGAGAAAUCAGGAACCCGGGCCAACCAGCCUUUACUGUCGCCAAGUUUUCGCGUUUGAUUUCUUCGACAUGUCUCCACUGUUCGCUAAUCCUCAACCAUCUCAUGACGCUAAGGAUAAGGUUAUCUUCUUCAAUAAAGAUCAGAACUUCGAUCAGUCGCUAAAGUCCCUCCAGACAACAUCCAAGGUUCCAAAGCUCAGUACGUCGUCAGAUGAUGCCAAAAUACUAGUCUCGACCCAAGUGUUCACCAGUGGAUUGUCAGAACUUAAACUGCGCAAACCGUACCUUUUCACAAGGAAUCCUCCCACGAUUGUUUCGCGUUGUGACUACGCAGGAACUUCAUCCGGCGAUGUGCGCAAUGAGCUCUAUGUGACAUUGGUGCAAGGAGAAUUUUCUGGCAAGUCAUCUGAUCGGAAUAUCGAAGCUCGUAUGCACCUAGUGGAGGGAAAUGGGCGAAUUAUUCCUAAUUGCUUUGAGACUGUAUCUACUGCGUCCAUGAAACUGACUUCCGAGUACCGAACUUAUGUUUUCUUUCACGAAGAUAAACCACACUGGUUUGAGAAUGUUAAGAUCCAUUUACCUGAAGACAUCAGUCGUGAUCUCCAUCUUCGUAUCACAUUCCAUUCAAGAAAGCCGUACGAUAAAGGGAAGCCUGAGAAGGGACCGUUCGCACUAGCCCAUAUUCGUCUUAUGUGCAAAUCAGUGCUUGUUCCUGAUGGCGACCAUGAACUGCUGAUUGAGUCAUCGCAUUAUGAUGACAAUAAUACAAGCUACUUACCUCUACCUCAAACUAAGAGGUGA